GACGCACCCAUUUACGCAUGCGAUGACUUGUGCGCAAACGACCGAAUUACAAUCGGUUUGCAUCGGAGUAGAUCAUCCAUCGCUUGCCACCGCCCGCGCUGCAAAAUUGGUCGUCGUGUCGUGCUGCCUAACCGAUGUGUUUGCGUUCGACCCGUUGGCCACGCCCACCGUGCAAGUCGUCUUGUUGGGAGCAGUCUGAGCAGAGCGUAGUUGGAAGCGAUUUCGACGGCGAUAUCCACCGUCCACUAACCGUUGCCUGCCGUCAGUGUUGUCAGUGGUCUCGUAUUGCCCGCACGUCGUUAUAUGGUGUUCAUCGUCAAUUAAUAUACAAAUCAUGAGUGCUGGCGGGUUUCAUGACAGUUUUAGUGGACACGAUCCUAUAGUGUUCGAUGUGGGAACCCACUCGAUACGUUUCGGGUUCUGCGAUGGCAAUUCGCCAAGCACGGACAUGCCAGCCGCGGUCGGCAGCAUGUUGGAUGGUACGGAGUCGACCUCCCGCAAUGAUCGUAUCAAAGAGGAAUUACCGUAUUUCGUUAACACCAACACUUUGUGCGUUCCACGUGAAGGCAUGGAACUUAAAAACAUUAUUCGCCAAGGGAUAAUUGAAGAUUGGGAUGCAUUUGAAUACAUUAUGGAUUAUGCUUAUUCAAAAUGCUUGUUCACUGAACCUAAUCUCCAUCCUGUUUUAUUUACUGAAUCGCCAUCAAAUUUAAAACAAAAAAGAGAGAAACUAAUGGAGUUAAUGUUUGAAAAAUACAAUGUGCCAGGAAUUAUAAUUUGCACAAACGCUGCUGCAGCAGCUUUUUCUUGUAGCGUCUCAACAGGUAUUAUUGUUGAUAGUGGAGCUUCACAUACAUCUGCCAUCCCAAUUUAUCAAGGAUAUGUAAUGUCUGAUGCUGUUGUCAGUUCUCCAAUGGGGGGAGAUUUCAUUCUCAAACAAUGUGAAAAACUCUUUCAUGAAAAUAAAAUUGAUGUGAUUCCACGUUACCUCGUUUCUAAUAAAAAACCGGUAAGACCAAAAGAAGCACCAAUAUGGUCAAGAAAAAAUAUACUCCCCAAGGUAACUGAUUCUUGGCAUAACUACAUGUGCAAAUCAGUUCUUGAAGACUUUCAGCAUACUGUGUUAGAAGUGGCUGAAAUCCCACUUAAUAAUGCUGUAUUAUCAAACUUUCCAACUUGUCACUACGAGUUUCCUAAUGGCUACAACCAAGAAUUUGGAGGUGAAAGGUUCAAAAUUCCUGAAAUUCUAUUUUAUUCUAAUUUAAAAAAUGAUGCUUUGUUCAGCCUAAAUCAAAUUGUCCACCUUAGUGCUGGAAUGUGUAAUAAAAACAUCAGAAAUGAAUUGUAUGGCAACAUUAUAUUAACAGGUGGAAAUUCUUUAAUAAAAGGGUUUCCACGGAGAUUACAUAAAGAUAUUUCUAUGGAACUAAGAAAUACAAGAUUGAAAUUAACUGCCCCUAUCAAUUCGAGUAAUAGAAGAUUUGGUGCAUGGAUUGGUGGUUCUUUAUUAGCCACAGCUGAUAAAUUUAAUCAUUUGUGGUUUAGCACUAGUGAGUAUUAUGAAAUAGGUACAGAUCAAAUUAAUCUCAAUUUUCGUUAUGUUUAAUAUUUUUUUUAUA